AAAAAUAAUUUGUCCACAUAUAAAUUUCAACAAACAUGGGCUACUUGAGAUCUUCUUUUGUUUUCUCCCUUCUUGCUUUUGUGACUUUCACUUAUGCUGUCACUAUCGAGGUACGCAACAACUGUCCAUACAUCGUCUGGGCGGCAUCGACCCCGAUAGGCGGUGGCCGACGUCUCGAUCGAGGCCAAACGUGGGUUAUUGAUGCGCCUAGGGGCACUACGAUGGCACGUAUAUGGGGUCGUACUGGAUGUAACUUCGAUGGUGCUGGUAGAGGUUCGUGCAUGACUGGUGAUUGUGGUGGUGUCCUGCAGUGCACCGGGUGGGGCAAACCACCAAACACCCUAGCUGAGUACGCCUUGGACCAGUUCAGCAACUUAGAUUUCUGGGACAUUUCUUUAGUUGAUGGAUUUAAUAUACCGAUGACUUUUGCCCCGACUAAUCCAAGUGGAGGGAAAUGCCAUGCAAUUCAAUGCACGGCAAAUAUAAACGGUGAAUGUCCUGGUCAACUUAAAGUACCCGGAGGAUGUAACAAUCCUUGUACCACGUUUGGAGGACAACAAUAUUGUUGCACCCAAGGUCCAUGUGGUCCUACGUUCUUUUCCAAUUUUUUCAAACAAAGAUGUCCUGAUGCGUAUAGCUACCCACAAGAUGAUCCUACUAGCACAUUUACUUGUCCUAGUGGUAGUACAAACUAUAGGGUUGUCUUUUGUCCUAAUGGUGUUGCUGGCCCAAAUUUCCCCUUGGAGAUGCGUGCAAGUACUGAUGAAGUGGCCAAGUAAAUGAGAAAUUUUGCUCUCUUAUACAAUUUAAACGGAAGAUAAUAGCCUUUUCAGAUUUUCUAUAUGUAAAAAUAAAGAUUAUUUCUUAUAAGCAAGUUAUAAAAGGCUAGAAAGUCAUUGAUAACAAGUUUGUGUAUAUGCGUGUGGAGUAUAUAUAUAUAUACCCUUCAACUUAAAUGUUUUUAUAAUGAAAUAUGAUAUAAGGUCAGUCUAA